AUGUCAUUGAAAUUGCCACAAGCACCAAACUCAGGGUUGUUUAAACAAGGAUACUCUUCCUUUUCCAAUGCCGAUGGGGCAAUUAUUAGAAACAUUGAAGCUGUUCGUGAAAUCGCUUCUAUAAUUCUCACAUCCAUGGGACCAAGCGGAAGAAACAAGAUCAUAGUCAACAAAUUGGGAAAGAAAUUCAUCACCAAUGAUGCAGCAACCAUGCUCAACGAAUUAGAGAUUGUUCAUCCAGUUGUGAAAAUCUUGAUCCAAGCUUCUAAACAGCAGGAGUUUGAAAUGGGUGACAACACCAACUUGGUCAUUGUCCUUGCGGGCGAGUUUUUAAAUGUCGCCGAAAAAUUAUUAACAUUGGGAUUGAAUGUCAGUGAAAUCAUACAAGGGUUUAAUUUGGCCAAUAAAUUUGUCAUGGAAACUUUGGACGAUUUAGUUGUUGAUAAAGUCGAGUCAUUUGAAUCUGAUUUAUUGAAAGCUGUCAAACCAGUCAUUGCAGCCAAACAAUAUGGUGUGGAAAGUACCAUCAGUAGGUUGGUGGUUGACGCCAUCAAAUUGAUCAUCAAGAAUGGAUCAUUCAAUGUUGACAACGUAAGAGUGGUUAAGAUCAUGGGUUCAUCUCUUUCCCAAUCCCAAGUUGUUAAAGGUAUGGUUUUUCCAAGAGAACCAGAAGGAACUGUCAAGAGCAUCAAAAAGUCCAAAGUUGUCGUUUUCACUUGUCCAAUAGAUAUUUCAACCACAGAAACAAAGGGUACUGUACUUCUUCAUAAUGCUCAAGAAAUGCUCGACUUCACCAAAGGUGAAGAACAACAAUUGGAUCAAAUGUGUAAAGAAAUCAAUGAUUCUGGUGUUAAAGUUGUUGUUGCCGGAUCCAAUGUUGGUGAAUUGGCUUUACAUUACCUUAACAAGUACGGCAUUUUGGUAUUAAGAGUUCCAUCCAAAUUUGAUUUGAGAAGAGUAUGUCAAGUCUGUGGUGCUACCCCAUUGCCACGUUUGGGUGCACCAAUGCCAGAUGAAAUGGGAGAAAUCGAUGUUAUUGAAACCAAAGAAAUUGGUGGUGAUAGAGUUACAAUCUUUAGACAAGACGAAUCAACUUCCAGAACUGCCACCAUUGUUAUCAGAGGUGCUACACAAAACAAUUUGGAUGAUGUUGAAAGAGCUAUUGAUGACGGUGUCAACUCCAUCAAGGGGUUGGUCAAGGAUAACAGAUUGUUACCAGGUGCUGGUGCUGUUGAAAUUGAGUUGAUGAAACGCGUUACUGCUUAUGGUGAAACCACCCCAGGUUUGUUGCAAUUGGCCAUCAAGAAUUUCGCCAAAGCUUUUGAAGUUAUUCCAAGAGUAUUGGCAGACACUUCCGGUCACGACUCAUCUGAAAUCUUGAGUAAACUUCAUGCUGCUCAUGCCGAAGAAGGUGGUAUCAAAGCUGGUGUUGACAUUGACUCUGGUGAAGUCACUGAUACUGGUGUCUACGAUGCAUUGGCCACUAAAAGAUCUGCUAUUAGCUUGGCUGUUGAAGCUACAAACACUAUUUUAUCUAUAGACCAAAUCAUCAUGGCAAAGAGAGCUGGUGGACCAGUUAUGCCAAAGCAACCAAGACCAGGUAACUGGGAUCAAGAUGAUUGA